GUCGACGCAAGACACACGUGAAGAGGUAGUGUACUUCAUUAGACGCUAUUUUGUUGCAGAAGUAAUUAGUGUGUGUUGUGGAUAAUAUCGACAUCGUUCUUGCGGUCGCGCGAAGCCCAAGGGAGUGACCACACGAGCCGAAGCCCUCCGCCUCCUCCUCCUCCUCCUCCUCCUCCUUCGAAGUACUGCAGAAGGAGGCUCAACGUCAUGAAAAUUGCUCUGGCCGUCGUCCUCGGCCUGGUGUGCCUCCAAAGCGGGUGGUCGUGGAUGGCGGAUCUGGACGCAAACAGAGAACCACAGCGGCGUCUUUGCGGUUGGAAAUUGGCUAAUAAACUCAACAGCGUUUGUAAAGGGGUCUACAACAAGCCAGGCCCGAUGAGUAAUAGUCUUUAUUACAGACAUAGGCGAGGCAAGACUCGCCCUCGCGUCGGAGGUUUUGCGGCCUCGCUUCCUCAGGCGAGAGAGUCCUUCCCCUUCCCCCCCGAGGCCUACCCCCCCAACCUCGAGGCCUACCCCCCCAACCUCGAGGCCUACCCCCCCAACCCCGAGGCCUACCCCCCCUCAACCCCCCCCGGCCAGGACCCAAGGACCCGACCCUCGGCCACGGACGCCUUCGACCGGAUCCUCCUCCACAACGCCCUUCUGUCCUCGGGUGUCCCUUUCCCCUUCCUGACGGAGGCGGAGGCGUCGCAGGUGCUGCAGGAGGCGCCGCGUCGUAAGCGUGGGCUGUCGGCGGAGUGCUGUAGGAAGGCCUGCUCGGUGUCGGAGUUGGUCGACUACUGCUAUUAAUUCGGCCGCCAUCUUGGAGAGAGGGGUUACGAGCGCAGAGCCAAUUUACGUAAAUAAAUGGGGGUCUUAACCAUUUUUCGAGUGUUUUGUUUAUUUGCGAUGCCUGACGAAUCAGAAUGUCUUUUGGGUUUAUAAUUCAUAUGAAGAUGGAAAUGGGAAAGAAAGGUAUUUGAAAAUAAGCAAGUAUAGAUAAUCUCAAAUAUCUACAAAAG